AUGGCGGACGGGAUUGACAGACGCGCAGAUGAGCGGAUGGAGUUCAACACCUCCAAGGAGGUGACGGUGGCGCCGACCUUCGAGGACAUGCACCUGAAGGAGAGCUUACUUCGCGGAAUCUACGCCUACGGUUAUGAGUCCCCAUCGGCGGUUCAGUCGCGUGCCAUUGUUCAGAUCUGCAAAGGUCGCGAUACUAUUGCUCAAGCCCAGUCCGGUACUGGUAAAACUGCGACUUUCGCGAUCAGUACCCUCCAAGUCAUUGACACGGUAGUCCGUGAGACUCAAGCCUUGGUCCUUUCCCCCACUCGCGAACUCGCAACCCAGAUCCAGUCAGUGAUUAUGGCACUCGGCGACUACAUGAAUGUACAAUGUCACGCAUGCAUUGGCGGUACCAAUAUCGGAGAAGAUAUUCGCAAGCUCGACUAUGGGCAGCAUGUCGUUUCAGGAACACCCGGCCGUGUCGCAGAUAUGAUCCGCCGACGCAACCUCCGCACUCGUCACAUCAAGAUGCUCAUUCUCGAUGAAGCAGAUGAGCUUCUGAACCGCGGUUUCCGUGAGCAGAUCUAUGACGUUUAUCGCUAUCUUCCUCCCGCGACACAGGUUGUUGUGGUUUCCGCGACUCUCCCUUACGAUGUGUUGGACAUGACGACCAAAUUUAUGACAGAUCCUGUGCGGGUCCUAGUCAAGCGUGACGAGUUGACGCUUGAGGGAAUCAAGCAGUACUUCAUCGCUGUGGAGAAGGAGGAAUGGAAAUUCGACACGCUUUGCGAUCUUUACGACACCCUUACCAUCACCCAAGCUGUUAUUUUCUGCAACACCCGUCGCAAGGUCGACUGGCUUACCGACAAGAUGCGUGAGGCCAACUUCACCGUCUCCAGCAUGCACGGAGAGAUGCCUCAGAAGGAGCGGGACAGUAUCAUGCAGGACUUCCGACAGGGCAAUUCGCGCGUUUUGAUUUCCACCGACGUCUGGGCCCGUGGUAUUGAUGUCCAACAAGUUUCACUCGUCAUUAACUAUGAUCUCCCUACGAAUCGUGAAAACUACAUCCACCGAAUUGGUCGAAGUGGUCGUUUUGGCCGCAAGGGUGUCGCCAUCAACUUUGUGACUAGUGAUGACGUCCGUAUCCUACGCGACAUUGAACUUUACUAUUCUACGCAGAUCGAAGAAAUGCCCAUGAAUGUUGCGGAUCUCCUUACCUAG